CAUAUAUAACCUUACAACAAUAUUGCUUCAGAUGAUGAUGGUGAUAGAUGAUAUUUUUUAUUGGGAAGAUGUUUUGAUCGCAAUUAAGUGCUAACCUACACAUAUUAUAAUUGCGUUUUGAUUUAUCAGUGAAUUUAUUCACAAAGGGCGAGGUAUGGGGAGUUUCACUUGUCAAGCUCUGCCGAACAUCUAUCACCACUGCUUCGUGAUCAGCAAUCAGAGGGUUUUGUACAACUACAUGUUACCUCCAAGUGUCAAGAGAAAUAGCAAUAGUAUCUAAACAAUUGUUUCCUCGAGUGGGUGCAUGAUUUGUGAUGUACAUUCCAUGACUUUGGAGUAGGCACCUGAAUUUGUGAUAAAUAAUGUCAUUCACAUCUAACUGAAUAUUCACAUCACCACCAAGUUCAAUAGAUGUUCAUAUCAGAAGACGGCUGACUGACUACGAAUAAUGGAAUGACUGUUGGUGGUGACAUCGCUGGUGAAUCAACAAAACUCCACAAUCUACAAUAAUAUGCGUGAACGUAUUUUUUAUUUGAAUAUUUUUUAAUAAACUGUUAAGUUUCAGUAAAAAUGAGUGAGAAAAGCUCGCAAAGUAUUCAGCCGAUUGUGAAGAUCGGUCAUUACAUAUUAGGGCAGACUUUGGGAGUAGGAACUUUUGGAAAGGUGAAAAUAGGCGAACAUCAGUUAACAAAACAUAAAGUAGCUGUUAAAAUUCUGAACAGGCAGAAAAUCAAAAGUCUUGAUGUUGUAGGAAAAAUUCGUAGAGAAAUUCAAAACUUGAAGCUAUUCAGACAUCCCCAUAUCAUCAAAUUGUACCAGGUUAUCAGCACUCCGACUGAUAUUUUCAUGAUCAUGGAAUACGUUUCGGGUGGAGAACUGUUUGAUUAUAUUGUAAAGCAUGGAAAAUUGAAGGAGUAUGAGGCUAGAAGAUUUUUUCAACAGAUAAUUUCAGGCGUAGACUACUGCCAUAGACAUAUGAUUGUACACCGAGACUUGAAGCCAGAAAAUCUUCUUCUAGACCACAACCUUCAUGUGAAAAUUGCAGACUUUGGCCUGUCCAACAUGAUGAUGGAUGGAGAGUUUCUGAGAACAAGUUGUGGCUCCCCGAACUAUGCUGCACCAGAAGUUAUAUCUGGUAAACUUUAUGCUGGACCAGAGGUUGAUAUAUGGUCGUGCGGGGUUAUUCUGUAUGCAUUGCUUUGUGGAACUCUUCCGUUUGAUGACGAGCAUGUACCCACAUUGUUUCGAAAGAUUAAAUCUGGUAUUUUCCCCAUCCCAGAGUACCUUAAUAAAACCGUUGUCAGUCUUCUGUGCCAUAUGCUGCAAGUGGACCCCAUGAAGCGAGCAACGAUUGAAGAUAUCAAGAAUCACGAAUGGUUUCAGAAGGAGCUUCCAGCUUAUUUGUUUCCGUCGCCUGUGGAGCAAGACUCAUCGGUCAUUGAUACGGAUGCAGUCAGCGAGGUUUGUGAGAAGUUUGCAGUGAAGGAGCAUGAGGUGCACAAUGCUUUGCUGAGUGGAGAUCCUCACGAUCAACUAGGAAUUGCUUAUCACUUGAUUAUUGAUAACAAGAGGAUUGCAGACGAGGCUGCAAAAGCUGAACUGAAGGAUUUCUAUGUAGCAAGCAGUCCGCCACCAGUUGUGUCGUUCAGUCCGAGUGAGAUGACCCCCAGCCCAGUUCGGCCUCACCCCGAACGAAUAGCACCUCUGCGCGAAAGAGCUAUGAGCAAUUCGCUGACCCGGGAAGACAAGAACCGCGGCACACCCGUCAAAAGAGCCAAAUGGCAUCUGGGAAUCCGCUCGCAGAGCAAACCUAACGACAUUAUGAACGAGGUCUACAGAGCCAUGAAGGCGCUCGACUUUGAGUGGAAGAUCAUCAACCCGUUUCACGUGCGAGUGAGGCAGAAGCAGCCGUCGGUUGUGACCGGCAAGUACACCAAGAUGUCGCUGCAACUCUAUCAGGUCGACUACAAGAGUUAUCUGCUCGAUUUCAAGAGCUUGAGUGCCGAAGAAGAUUCUGCCGCUGUUAAUCCUAUUGAGCCAGAUGCUAUUCCUCAGCAGAGCACUGGCCACCAUACCAUGGAAUUCUUUGAAAUGUGUGCUGCCCUUAUUACUCAAUUGGCAACCAACUAAUAUAAGUUACCCAAUUUUAUCCAAGUAUUUUCAGAUGUAUUACUUUACUAUUGGAGCGAGCUAAUAAUUUUAGUUAUUAAUAAAUUAUAUUUUUCCCUUGCCUUUCAAGUUAUCUCCAACUUGGUAGAAUUAAGAAUUAGGUGCAAGGUAUUGAAGUACUCUCCAUAUAAUGUAUAAAGUACAAUAAUAAAGUACAUAUAAAGUAGUGUAGGCCUACUAGACUUUUUCUCUAGUGCAAUAUGGAAAGUACCUAUAUUAUUUUUCUGUAGGUGAUUGAAUACUAAAUAAAAAUAAUUUGUGGUUUUUAAAACUUUACAAGUAGAUAAUGAGAGCUCGUGUAUUAUAUAGCGUUCACCUCGAGAGCAUUAAUUAUAAUGUUAUAGAUUUAUAGAAAAUUUACAACUUUGAUUUCUUUUAUUUAUAAUCCAAUAGUAAAUAUUUUAACUUAGCUAGUGAUCGACCUUGCCCCAUGUUAUUGUUGUAUGUAUCAUGAAAAAGUAUGAACAUAAUUUAUAAUAAAUAUGGCUUAUUUUCAAAGUU